AUGGCACCAAAUUCCAUUGACGACAAAUACGAUGGCUGCACAAGCUACAUGUACAAUGAGAUAAAUACAGUCUACCUACCGCAUGAGAAAAAGACCAAUUCAGACUUCAUGGAAUCCUGGAAAGUAGCAGAGGCUAAAUGGAACUUGAACAACGGACUUGGGCUAAAAAAAGAACAGUUCAUGGCUAUAUAUGCAUACACAAAUGAAGCUCCUGCCAUCUACCAGGACUUCAACAAAAAAGUUAGAAAAGACAAGGAUAAGUAUGGGAAAUCAUUCCAGUAUCACUCCCUGCACUUUUAUCUGACAGAAGCCAUUCACACACUGAAUGAACCAUUGUGUCUGGACACCUACCGCAGAACCACAUUGUAUUACGAUAGAAAUGUUGUCAACAAAAAGUUUCGUUUUGGCACCUUCACUUCAAGCUCUCUUAAUAACAAGUUAUUAGUGUUUGGAAAUGUGUCCUGCUUUAAGAUCAGAACAUGUUAUGGUGCAAAUGUGGCUAGAUACUCUGCCAUAAAGCGUGAGAUUGAGAUUUUAAUCCCCCCUUAUGAGGUAUUCAAUGUCACCAAUGUCCAGACAAAGCCACCAAAGGGGCCAUUAGAUGAUUGUGAAGUAGUCUACACAGUUGUGAGCACUAGAACACCUAAGAGCGACCUGAACUGCAAACUGGUGCGAAAUGGUGGAACAACUAAUCUGAGAAGCAGUUUUGUUUCAUUCAUCAGAGCAUCAGAUACAGGCUAUAUAAUGUUCUAUAUUAUGUUGAUAACUACUGUAUAUUACUGA